AUGUAUGUAAGCUAUAAAAAGAACGAUGGUACACAAGUUAAAGUUCCAUUAGACAACAACUGCUACUUAAACUUAUAUGGAGACGAACAAAAGAAAUAUUUAAGAGUUUAUGAAAUGGCAGAUAUGACAUUGUCUGACCCAGCUCCAGCACCAUAUUAUUAUGACUAUGGAGAUGACGACAGAACACCACAUGUAGAUGAACAAAAGCUAACAUUAUAUUUAGAUUAUUAUAGAUAUAAAAGAUAUAAUGCAAUAGAAAAAACGAGAAUAGUAUAUUAUUAUACAGAUGACAGAAAUAAAUAUUAUAGUCAAGAUUUUACCUACCCUGAAAACAUAAGAUUAUAUUAUAAAAAAUAUUCUGACACAAACCAGAAGAAACCUGAAAUAGUUGCACUAUAUUUUAAGUUCAAAAGAGACAAUCCUAUAAUAUCUCAUAUGUUUGAUUUAAUGAACCCAGUAGGUUCUAUUUAUACAUCUAUGGAUGCAAGAGGUCCUCAAGUAAUGUUUGGUGUUGGUGCAUGGGAACAAAUAGUUGACAGGUUUUUGUAUUGUGCAAACUCUUCAAAGGAAACAGGAGGAAGUAAAACGAUUUCAGGUGAAAAUUUACCUGCACACAGUCACUACAUAGAUUUAAGUACAUCCCAAGCAGGUUGGCAUAAGCAUAGAUAUUGGGAUUGGUCAGGAAUGACAAAAGGUAAAGGAUAUGAUGUUAAAGACGACGUUAAGUUUGCUAUAAAUUGUUACUGGAGUGACACUCAGGGAGAAGGAAACCAUACACAUUUCGUUUCAGGAUAUACACAAACAACGGGACAAAGUAAAGAAUACAUGCCACCAUUUAUGACUGUAUUCGCAUGGUAUAGAGUUCAUUGA